AUGGAAGUUUCCAACGCCUCGGCUGUUCCGCAAUACUCCCAGCUGGAGGUCAAUCCAGAGUCUCUACCAGAAGUUGUCCCUCAAACGGCCUAUGGUAUCAAAGAUGCCUCUGCGAUUACUCAGCCUACUAUCACAGCUCCGAGAUGGUUCUUGCGAAAAAUCCAUUGGUUGUGGAUCGCUUUAGUGGUUGUGGUCUUGGCUGCGCUUGUAGGAGGUCUUGUCGGGGGCCUGCACAAAUCGCCCCAUUCACCACCCACUGGUGGAUCAGAUUCGUCUCCGACCAUGUCAGGCACCGCAACCAUUUUGUCGAGCUACUCCUAUCCCACAGCAAUCUCGUGGGGCUAUCCUCACAUGGAAGUAUUUGCAGUGGGACUGGGUGAUGCUUCCGUGUACAGGAAAUAUCGAGGUUUAGACUCUUCUGAUACGAUUUGGAAACCAACAAACGGCUCGCUAGAUUGGGUCGGAGGAACCUUGACAUCUUUCGACACAUCUGUGGCAGCCGUUUCUCGAACCAAAUACGUCAUGGAUAUCUAUGUCACAGGUGGUCAGUCAGAUGGUACUUUAGGCAUCUGGGAAAGGUCCCAUGGGCAGGGUGCUUGCUGUUGGGCAAAUUGGGGGUGGCUUGGCGGGGAGGCCAUUACCGCGCCCGCAGUUGUUUCCAGGACAGCCAGCAAAAUGGAUGUCUUCGUCUUGAAGAAUACUUUUGAACUCUAUCAGAUAUCCUGGGAUCCAGCCACCUUUCAAUCACCUUUUUGGGGUUCCUGGAGUCGCCUAGGAGGAAACUGGAGCGUAUUUACCCCGACAGUAGUCUCUUGGGAUCAGAACGGAAUGGACCUAUUCGUCGUCGACUCAAAUUCACACCAUCUCUACCAUACCUAUUGGAACGGAUCAUGGCAGCCUUCAUACAGGUUUGAAAGUCUCGGAGGAUACUGCACCUCAAGACCGACUGCAGUGUCUUGGGGCAGCGGUCGUCUUGACGUUUUUGUGCGAGGGGGAGAUGCCGGGCUAUGGCACCUCUCUUACAAUGGUUCUUGGUCAAACUGGACCUCGAUCAGUGGUAACACUUCCGUUCAAGCUGAGCCCGAAGCAAUUUCUUGGGGCGCGAAUCGCAUAGACGUCUUUGCGUGGGGUACGGAUAACUCGUUGCUGCACAAGAGUUUGGAUGGCACAAAGGGCUUGUGGACGCCGAGUAACGGCUUCGAAGUUCUGGGAGAUUCUCUGGCAGGCCCUCCGAAGGGAGUAAGCGAUGCGGUUGGCAGCUCGCACGUCGCGAGCUUCUCGAGAUUUGGAAGCGCGCAACAUAUUUCUUUCAACCAGACAUUAGGAACUUGGAGCCCUGAAGGGAGUGUUGACAACUUAGGGACUCCCGUGGGUGGUGGAACUGAGGUUCUUAAUAUGCCACAAUCAACAACAACAAGAUCCAUUGUCACGAUAGGACAUGCAACUAUAUUUUGA